AUGGCAUCAAGAUCAUCGAAAUAUAGAAAGGCACUUCAAUAUAUCGCGGAGCUUGAGCAGGAAGUAGAACCGGAGAUGGAGAUUAUAUCUCCGACAACGGGUAGCCUGGAAGAAGAUGUUGGUGUUAUUAACACUUCGGAUAGCGUUGGUGAGAGUAGCGGUAGUGGAAACGUAGCUACUAACAAUAAUAUAGAAAAUGUUGAUUCUGAAGUUGUUGAGGAACUUCCGGACAUUCCGACCACAAGUAGUACAAGUGAAGAGUUUUGGGACGAAGGCUAUCGUUUUGUGGAUGAAUUUGAAACCCUGAUGGAGGCAUUGCGUUAUAUAGCAAUAGUAGGACAACUCUCUCGAAAUUUUUUAAAUUUGCUACUGGCAAUCUUAAGGAAGUUCGGUCAUCCUGAUCUUCCAAAAGAUGCCCGAACCCUUGUGAGAACUCCUAAAGUUGCACAUGAAAUUCAAAAAGUAACCGGUGGAAAAUUUUGGUACCAGGGAAUUGAAGUCGCCCUUAAAAACUAUUUCAACGGUGGCAUUCCUGAGGCAACGAAUUUUAAGCUUCAAAUUUGUAUUGACGGGCUACCUCUUUUUAAAAGUUCAUCAACUCAAUUUUGGCCAAUACUUGUGAAAGUUGAAGAAUUGAAGGAUUGUCCCAUUUUUGUUGCCGGUAUAUUUAGUGGUCAAAAAAAACCCGACAACUUAGAGAGUUUUUUGCGGCCACUUGUUUGUGAGUUGAAUGAAUUGCAACUAACUGGCCUAAAUUUUUUUGGCAAAAUAGUGUCAGUAUGCGUUAGCGCAUUUAUAGCCGAUUCGCCAGCGCGAUCUUUUAUUAAAUCGGUGAUGUCGUUUUCGGCUAAACAUGGGUGCACUAAAUGCUCUACUCUGGGCAUCCAUGUUCAGCCGGAAAAUAAAGUAAUUUUUGAAGGUGUAGGUGCAGCACCCCGCACGGAUGUUGGAUUUCGUGCUAGAGAAGACAGAGCACAUCAUAAAGUAAUCCGCACGCCUCUAGAGGAUGUUGCAAAUUUGGAUAUGAUAAAAAAUUUUCUGGUUGCUGAUCGACUACAUUUGAUUGACUUAGGUGUUAGUCGAAAGUUGCUCCAGGGAUUUUUAACCCAUAAAAUGACGAGUUUUAAUCGGUGGUCUAGUGACCAGAAGGUGCACAUUUCAAAAUUUUUAAAUCAAUCGAAAUUGCCGUGUGAAAUUAAUAGACCGUUUCGGGCUCUAGAUUCCCUUCACUUUUGGAAAGGCACUGAAUUUAGAUCUUUUUUACACUAUAUCAGUCCUGUUAUAUACAUAGAUUUUAUGCACAAUGAAGGAUAUAACCAUUACCUUCACUAUUUUUGUGGCGUUACUAUUUUUUCUUCUUCUGCCUACAAACAUUUAUGGCCCGUUGCUGGAAGAUUAAUAGCCAAAUUUGUGAAAGAUUUUCCCACCUAUUACGGUCGUACACAUAUGACUAGUAACGUCCAUAAUUUACUUCAUAUGUAUGAAGACGUGCAAGUACAUGGACAACUUGAAAACUUCUCUGCGUACGACUUUGAAAACCAUUUGCAGUUUCUUAAAAGGUGUGUAAGAAAAGGCUCUAAAUGCUUGGAGCAAGUAGCAGACAGGUCUAAGGAAUUUGCAUCAAUAAAUGUAGCUCCUAAACAGGGUCAAAAGAAUUAUCCUCGUUUGACGGUUCAUGGAGUGAAAGUAACGUCUUGUUUUGAUUUGGCACCAAAUUUUAAGGAUCAAUGGUUUUUGACCACAUCAAAUUGCAUUGUAAAAUUUUUAAGAGGAGAAAUGUCUUCGACUAAUUCUCUCACUCUUAUUGGUAUCUUGUACGAAAGUAAGGAGACAUUUUUUAAUUGCCGCUUAGAAGAUGAAGUGUCGGAACUCAAUAUUUGUUCUUCUGAAAUAAAUAUCUACACACUAACAUCUUUAAGCCCCUGGAGGAGAGUAAGAUUAACAACUGGAUCAAUUAAAUGCAAACUAGUUCCGAUUAACUUACCACCCCGCCCUCUUGUUUAUUUUGAAGCUAAUGAAUUUUCCGAUAGUUCGCUAGCACCCAUAUUAUUUAUUCCCCUUCUACACACGUUUAUAAAUAACUAA